UUCCGUUCAAAGCAGCCAAAGUUAGGCUAGUGAAACGGGGUUUUGCAUAAACCCUAAAACCUUCUUCGUAGAGAUUUCUAUCUGAAAGCUGAAGCCCUAUCUCCAAUCUAAUGAGAGCUUGUGCGCUCGUUUCGGAGAUAUGGAGGAAGAAGCGAUUGAAUUUGAAUUCAAUGAGGUCGAUGCAGAUUAGUAGUGUCAUGAGGUGCUAUGAAGAUUCUCGCCAGCUUCAUUCCCGCUAUCGUUUCGUUCGAUCGCCGUUUAAGGAGGUAACAAGCCAAGUAUCUGAGCUCCAUAAUUCUCUUACUGGUUCUUCUAUUUACCAGUGUGGAUUCUUUUCAUUUGCUUCUUCUCAAAAUAAUGAAAAUGAAAUUGUCCAACCUGGGAAUAAGACAAGGACUACCGUGGAGACCAACAGUGCUCAUGGAGCCGGACUUCCUGAUAACAAAGUGGAUUCGGGUGCCUCUGACAUAUCCCAAUCUGCCAAAAGAAGGAGAAGAGGUACUAAAAGAACUAAAUUUUCUGAUUCAGAUUCAGAUUCUGAAAACGACCUAUCCAGGGAUGAUUUAGUAAAGCUUCUGGCAAAGAAAGAAGAACUUCUAAACAAAAAGAACAAGGAGAUGGAGAUUAUGCAAGAAAAAGGUCUGAGGAGUUUUGCUGAAAUUGAUGAUGUAAUUGCGAGGACAAAACGAGCAGCAGAAAACUCAAAAAAGUUUGCCAUACAGUCAUUUGCAAAGAGCUUGCUGGACGUUGCAGAUAAUCUUGGUAGAGCCUCAUCAGUUGUGAAAGACAAAUUUACAAAAAUUGACACUACAGAAGACCCUGCCGGAGCUCUACCUCUUUUAAAAACAUUACUGGAAGGUGUAGAGAUGACAGAAAAACAACUAGCAGAGGUAUUCAAGAAGUUUGGGGUGGAAAGAUAUGAUCCUGUGAAUGAACAAUUUGAUCCAAAUAGGCAUAAUGCAGUGUUUCAAGUACCAGAUCCAUCAAAGCCUCCAAAUACUAUUGCUGUUGUAAUGAAGCCGGGAUACACACUGCAUGAACGAAUCAUACGACCAGCUGAAGUUGGUGUAGCGGUGGGUUUCGCCACAGACGAUAAGGAGUCAGACUAGUCAAUGUCUUAUUACUGGUACUCUUGAAAUCGAAAUUUCGAAAUGUUACAUCAGGUUCAACAUAUAUUAUCAAAUGUCUUGCUACCAACAUUGUAUAUUGGCUUGCUUUUUGAAUGUACUACUGAUAUUUAAUAAGAAUC